AUGGAUAGAAGUGGUAGGGAACAACAGACGCAAAUGCCUUGGUUAAAGCAAAGUGCUUUUUCGAUGCUUUGUGCUGAGGAAAAAAAAGUAGGCCACAAGCAUUAUGAUGAAAGAAAUAAAAACCAAAAAGAAGUUGAAUUCCACUACGCUGAUAGGAGAGAGAAAAAGACUGACUUAAAAAUUGAUUUCCUGCCACAACAGAUGGCAGCAUGA